AUGAAUCCUUUGGAGGCUAGAAACGGGUGCAAGGCUGAGCAGUGCAGAUGGCAUACGAGACGAUGCUACCUCGCGGAAGCGGCUGACAAGACAAGGCUCGCACCCCCUCCUCGUAGAAUCCUUUGGCUACAAAAAUUAUACCCUUUUUUUUUCUUCAACUUCUUUAAUAUCAACAUGAAGCUUUCACUUACCGCUGCUGCUAUAUUCGUCAGCCUCGCCGUCGCCGACGGCAUAGUCUGCCCCGGGGGCUUUCAGCCCGGCGACCGAUGGUGCCAGACGGCGGGAGCGGCCAGCGACAUUCUGUACUGUAACAACAAGCACGUCGGAGAGGCCAUUUCGCACUGCCCGGGGCGGUGCAUCAACCGCGCCAGCGAUCGCAGGGCCUACUGCGAGUACUCUGGCUGGGAUGACCCGUGCGAAAAGAACCCAAGCUACAAUGUCUGGUGCGACAAGGACGGCGGUCCCAGCGGCAUUCGCGUGUGCACCAACGGCCGCUUCCCAAUCACGAGCUUCUGUGAUGGCAUCUGCGAAAGCAACGGCGGGCACGCGCUGUGCCUACCCGAAGGCUUCAACGACAAGUGCCCCGGGAAUACACAGGAGGGUCGGUCGUAUUGUGAUGUGGAGGCCGGACCGGGAAAGAUUCGCAAGUGUGAGAAUGGGCGAUUUGUGGUCCAGGAGACCUGUGCGGAUAUCUGUGAUCCAAACUAUGGCUACGCGAACUGCUUGACUCGGAUUCAUUGA